AUGGCACCAGAGGGACGACACUACGCCAAUAAGUUGGUCUUGGAUCGCAAUACAAACGGCACCAUCUAUGGCGUGGCUGAGUUGUGUCGAGUACAACUCAAACGUGGCAACAUCAUCACACAUGUGUCCUAUCAGUCCAACCAAUACAAGGAUCUCCUUAAUGGCACAAACACUCGCAACGUCACAUACAAAGAGACUAUGAACGUCAGACAUCCAAAUGUAUUUGACAAGUACAGAACAACACAUGGCAUGACCGCAAACACCGUCAAUUCCCACCAUGCUCACACAUGCGACAUUGGCAACGAGGAGGAGGUGGGCGAGGACGAGGACGAUGACACGUAUGCAUAUGGACAAGUUGCACAAGAGGGACCGAGUGAUGACGAGGAUGGACACGAGGUAAAUGAGGACAACGUGGAGAUGGAUGAUGAUCAAUCAAAUGUGCAGGACGAGUGCAACAUCGAUUCCGGUGGUGGUAUGAACAAUAGUGACGGCGAGCAAACACAUACUGGUACCAAUGAAUCGCAUGUUGUUACGAUGGAAGAUGUAUCACCGAUGGAGAACGUGGCACCGGUGCAGGAAGACACACUGAUGAAUACUCAAUAUUACAAAGAUGGCGAGAAAGUCUAUGCGAUGUCAGUUGAGGUGGACGCUGGAACAUGGUGGCCUGCCACAGUCAAGUCCUCCACAUACGAUCAGGACAACGAGACAAUGACGUAUAAUGUGCAAUUUGAACAAGGAAAGGAAUAUCAGUUAACUACACAAGAGAACGUGUGCAGUGCCAAUGCCUUCACUCAACAGAAUGAAAGUACGAUCAAUGACGUCGAUGUACUUGUCUUCAUCAAUGACAAUGGAAAGUCUGGGCGAUUCUACAGAGGAAAGGUUGUCGAGCUCAAGACUCAUCGACGCAAGAAGACCUUUCAACUUGAAAUGCCACCCAUCGGCAGAGAUGGAGUACUUGAGAGAUUGCACAAUGAGUACAUCAACAUCCAAGAGAGGAUAUAUGGUCUGGGACGUUCUGGCAUCACGAUCUCCAGCGAAGACAAGGCCAAGUAUAACACUUCCCUCAAUGAGUUGGAAGCUCAAGUCGUCAAGUACAAGACACCAUCGUACAGAAACGGUAAAGAGGAUACGUAUUGGUGGCAUUGGUGCAAUGACAAGUCAAACAUAUUUGUAAUCCAAUAA